ACUUCCGGUCUCAGAGUGAGCGCGCGGGCUUUUAUCAUAGAGGUGCCGCGGGGUAGAGCGGUGCUCCUCUGCGGCCCUGUGUGCCCCCCCAAGAGUUAGGAGAAGACGAUUUUCCUCUCAGUUUAUGGCUGCCGUUAGAGACUCGGGGCAGAAGGGGCUUGCCGUGAAGCCGAGGAGCGUCUUCAGGACCUGUCAUCUACGUGGGGACUGCUGACCUUCCAAAGCUGGCAAGAGCAAAACCUGGAUUUUGGACUUCCGUGACUUGACAUCGCAAUUAUUACAUUUGCUGGAUAGAUCCGAAAAUCCGCUUCCAAGACCCCUGUUUGCCAUGGCUGCUGUGGACAGUUUCUCUCUCUUACUUAGGGAAAUUGGACGAUCCUGCAAUUGUUACAUGGAGACAUUGGCUUUCAUUGGAGCCCUCUAUACAGCCAAGACGUGUUUCACCUUUGCAAAUGACACUUACACCUUGAUCAGGUUGCAUUUCAUCCCCAGACUGAUCAGCCGGGCUGACCUAGUCAAGUUGUAUGGGAAAUGGGCUGUUGUCACAGGUUGCACCUCAGGUAUUGGCAAGUCCUAUGCUAAAGAGUUGGCAAGCCAUGGGAUGAAUAUUAUCCUGAUUAGUCGGAAUAAAGAGAAGCUGGAAGCACUUGCCAAGGAGAUAGUGGAUGCCUACAAGGUUGAAACUGCCAUUAUUGUCGUAGACUUUGGUGAAGGCCGGGAGAUCUAUCCUGCUGUCAAGAAGGCCUUAAUGGGCAAAGAGAUUGGCAUCUUAGUGAAUAACGUCGGGGUCUUCUACAAUCACCCAGAUUAUUUUGCCAAUCUGACACAGGAUAAAAUCUGGGAGCUCAUCAACGUCAAUAUUGGAGCCGUGAAUAUGAUGGUACAUAUGGUGUUGCCAGGAAUGGUGGAGAGAAAAAAAGGUGCUGUCGUCAAUGUUUCGUCAAUCUUCUGUUGCCAGCCUACCCCGCAGAUGACGGCAUAUUCGGCCUCCAAGGCCUACCUGGACCACUUCAGCCGAGCACUUCAUUACGAAUAUGCUCCCAAAGGCAUCUUUGUCCAGAGCUUAAUUCCAUUCUUCAUCGCCGCCGACAGUAAAUCUAAGUGUUUCUUUGUGCCUUCUGCUGAAGAGUACGCCCAUCAUGCAGUCACCACCCUUGGAAUCUCCAAAAGGACUACAGGAUACUGGCUGCAUUCAAUCCUGUUUCUCUUAGGACAAUACAUACCGGAAUGGCUCUGGGCCUGGGGAUCUUACAGAACUGGCAACUCUUUGGGCAAAGAGGCCACCUUGCAAAGACUUCCUUAAGGAGCUGGAGCACAGCCAACGUCUAGCAGCUUACUCUGAGCAUUACUUUGAGAACCCAAUCUCUUCCGAUGAAUUUCUUCUUGGCUUAAAAAAACAACAACAAAUCUAUGUAGUUAAGACUUUAGAGGAGCCUUGGCCACCUCCUAUUUCUGCUGAAGGCAGAAUACAUCAGUAUUUGCAAGCAAGGAACAAGUAAUGUGUUGCAGCCAGGUAGCUGACCUUGGUUGUAGAUUGCCUGUGAGGAGCAGAUGCCUACAAAGUGAUUCUUGGCAUACUGCUACUCACUCUGCCAUGAGUGGAGAAGACUUUCGGGGGGCCCAGAUCUGAAGAGAAUGCCUGGGGACUUCACCCCAUAGAAGCUGAAGGCAAAGUGAAGUCAUGCUAUGAAUAGACUGUACUGUCUACCGUAAACCUUCUGUCUCUUGCCUCAAGUGGAAUAUUCCAUAUUUAUUCCUUGGUAAUCUUUCUAGUGCAGAAGUUAUUGUGUGUUAAGUAGAACCUAUAUGUGAUAAACAUCUGGAACAGAUGCUAACAUUCAAAGCCAUUUUCAAAAUGGGAAGGAAUCCUCCCCCCCACCUUUUUUUUUUUGCAUAGUGAUUUUGCCCCCUAUAAAUUUUAGUGACUUGCUUCAGUGUUCUUCUUGUGUCACCGUGUGUGUGUGUGUGUGGUAGCAGGAUUACAGAACUGUGAGGCACCAUAUGAAAAAACUUACUUUUCUGAAUCUAGUUAGAACUCCAGUAAUCUGUGAUGUGUCUGUCUUCAGAACAAUGCUUCACAGAGAUGUGGUUUCUGUGAGGCCCUUUGAAGUACUGAAUUGCAUUGAACAGCCUAAAUAUAUCCGACUGUCUCUAUUCUGUUUGGAUGGGCAAUGUCUUUGUGAUUCUUUAGCAGCAGCAGCACUAUGCAUUUUAUUUAGUGUAGUCAAUGUAUAUGGGUUUUCUUCCCAUAUGUCUGCUGUGUUUUCCCUAUAAAAUACAAUUGGUCGAGCAAGAACAAUAACUGGAGCGAACUUGACCUUUCUCCCUAUUCUACUGUCAGCUGGACUCUUGUUCAAGAAGAGCAAAGCCCCAGAGGCCAGUGAAAGGGACCUCACCUGUCUCUUGCCAGCUGUGAUGAUUGUUCCUCUCGCUAGUCUUUUCCUGUGUGCUCUUUAUUUCACACUACGAGCUGUGGAGUUAAACUGAAAUAUGAUAAAGUAACUGCUGUGUUCUCCUUUUGAGAUCCCUCUAUCUUAUAGGACCUUGGCAAUAAAUGUCAUAUUGGUUCAGUGGCUUUCAGUGAUGCCUUUCUUGUUGCUCUUUGAGCAGUGGCUUUAAAAUAAUGGACAGAGGUUAGCUUAUAAGUAAAUUCAAAGGUCAGAUUACAUAGUGCUUUCUGGAUGAAGUGGAAAUUUUGAAGAUCAUGCUCUUUCGAGGCAUUAUGGUCGUCCCCCCCCCUUCUACUUUUAAGAUUUUAAAGUACACUGAAACGUGUGUGUUACUAAACAGCAGCGGUAUAAAUGUUAGUGAAUAGGUCUUGGCAUUCUGGAAAAUUGUUUCUAAUUUUUUUUUCUUACAUGGACGUAAGGCCUACUGAUUUUAAUGGAGCUUAUUUCUAAGCAAACAUGGUUGGGGGUAUGCUGUUUGUUAACCUUUACUGGGUAAGGAUGGUAUGUCAGUAACAUUUUUGGAGGAAAAUUGGAAAUCAAAUGUGUGAAAAUCAAUGUUUGAAAAUCAGAACUUAAGAGUACUCAAAUGUAUCUGAUGGUGUAUUAAAUUAUAAAACAUCUGAUAAACCAA